AUGGAUUAUGGUAGCGGUAGAAGCUUGAUUGACUUCUCUAGCCAAAAAAGAAGCUUGAGUGACUUUAAUGAUGAGAUUCUUUUGCAUAUUCUUUGCUUUGUUUCACCAAAAACCGCCAUUCAAACCAGCAUAUUAUCUAAGAGAUGGCGAUACUUAUGGACGUCAAUUCCUGCACUUUAUUUCACGCAAGAUUCUGAAACCAAGCAUGAAUUGAUCAAUUUUGUAGAACAAGGUCUUUCAAUCCAAGUACCUCCUAGAAGCAUCCAAUUUAAGCUUGUAGGGCACAUGGAUGAUUCAUGUCCUGUUGAAGCAUUGAUUUUUGCAGAAGGGUCAUGUCAUGUUCUUGAGCAUCUGCAUCUAGAAGAUUGCUUGUGGAAAAAUAUCAAGACAGUAACUAUAUCAUCUUCCAAGCUUAAGAAGUUGAUUAUAGAUGAAGCAAAUUGUCCACUUCCAAAUGUUUCGAAUAGGUCUGAUCAAUUUGUAAUUCAUGGGGAUGAUCUCAAAAAAUUCACUUAUAGUGGCCAAUUUUACUUUGAUUACUGCAUCCUAAAUCCUGCAUUGUUAGAAGAGGUAACCAUUAAUGUUGAGGUCUGGCCUCAAAACAUUACUCCCAAUUGGGAUGAAGAUCAUGACUUCCUUAUCAAAUGGUAUUGGGAUCAAAACUUCAUUGCCAACCGCAUAAUGAAGCUUCUAAGAAGGGUUUCUCAUGCUCUAAAUAAGUUGAUAUUUGGGGAUACAACUAUCACGCUUCUAGCCGAGAAUCGGGAAUUUCAAGAUAAUAUGCCAUAUUUCACGAAUCUUAAACAUAUAGAGUUAAAUGCAGUAUAUUCAUUUGACCUAAAGAAGUAUGAAGUUUGGCACAAGCUUAUACAAAGAAGUCCUCAAAUUGAGCGCCUUGACAUGUUAGGUGUAACAUUAUAA